AUGUCGCCCGUGGCCACUAAACGAGUCCAUUGGGAGGACGACUCUAGCCGCUAUGCAGCGCCGUCGCCCUUCUAUGUGACGCUCCUCCCUGGUCCCCCUCAUCUCCACGACAUCGCCUAUCUCCCGCUCCUCGCCCAUGUCUGCGGCCACCGUCGCCCUUCCCUCAGCUCCCCCCGCAAAGGCGCUCGCACAGACCCACCACUAGCGUGCAGCUACCUCGUCCCACCCAUCGACUUCUUCUCCUCAAGCCGCAUCGUCCCCCACCCGCACGUAGCCUCUGACCCCGCCUCUAACCCGCCUCUCGGGAGGGUAUACAUCCUCGUCGAGAUAGACAAGGUCGAGAGGUUCAACGUCGAAGUCCACGCAGCAAGCGGCGGUAUCGUAACAGUACAUGACGUGAUCGCACGGAUGCAGAGCGUGUUACGAGAGCGGCUCAAGCCAGAGGUGGUUGGCGGGUGCUAUAAGGAGGGGUGUGGAUGUGGCUGUGGGACGCUUGUUGAUAAGAGGAGUCAUUUUACGACAAUGUUUGACGGCUUGAGCGUGCGUCUGAGGAGUAACGGGGAGGAGAACAAAUGGCGGAUGCAUUUGAGGAGGAUGCCAACACAGCAUCACAGGAUGCAUAGACCGAAAACGCCCAAACGACCAUGUAGACUCCUGUCGAACAACGAGCUGAGUUUGGGUACUCCGUGGGUCCGGACAUUCGAAUACGUUACUCGAAGUGCUGGACGAGGGCUGCAGCAACAGCACCUGCAUACGAUAAUCACAGUGAAACGAUCCUGCGUUCGAAGGGCUGGAAAACCACAGACAGCUCAACUUACGGCAAUCUCGGUCAAUCGGUGUCGCAUCAUCCCUUCGAACCGUGAUAGACGCACGGGUUGCAACGAAACUGAGGCAUACGGAUGGACGGGCCGAACCCUAACCCCAUAUAUGUAUGGACAGAACGUAGCGUUCCUUUUCUGCCUCGGCGCUCAAUUGCCGCGAUACAACGAUGAGAACCAAAGGACAGGAUAUCAGCCGAUGUUCUCCGAGAACGGUGCAACAGCAAAAAUGGCGGUGCAAUACGCCGUGGGGAUCAAACUCCACUCUCACCAAGGCAGAAUAAGACGAAGAAGCCCGAGCGUGGCGUGGCCCUCACUCGGGAUGGUAGAAUGGUAG